AUGAUUCCUCUAAAAACACUCCUGUGGACGGGCAAAAUUCUCAGCGGCACGUUAGAAAUGAAGUCAGUUCGAGACGGUAGCGCGUUUGCAGCAGUGGAAUACGAUAUGAAUGUGAGCCCAGAAAUGAUCACUGCUAUAACCUUGCAAAAGGUAAAAAUUAAUCCUAAAAUAAAUGAGAAGUUUCUGCCCAAGCCGCAGUACAACGAACGGUCACUCGCUUGCGUGCAAGGGACAUGGACAAACGUUCGUGCGAAGCGUAGCGAAUGCAUUUGA